AUGAAGAGCGGCCUCCUCUUCUUCAGCACUGACCUUGGAUCCACGUCGCUCAGCAGCAACGGAUUAGAAGAAUCUCCCUCCAACAACGGUUUGGAAUCAGACCUGGGCAAAGGAACGGCCUGGAGCGGUUUAGAAUCAGACCUGGGCAAUGGUACGGCCUGGAACGGUUUAGAAUCAGACGUGGGCAAUGGUACGGCCUGGAGCGGUUUAGAAUCAGACCUGGGCAAUGGUACGGCCUGGAACGGUUUAGAAUCAGACCUGGGCAAUGGUACGGCCUGGAGCGGUUUAGAAUCAGACCUGGGCAAUGGUGCGGCCUGGAACGGUUUAGAAUCAGACCUGUGCAAUGGUACGGCCUGGAACGGUUUAGAAUCAGACCUGGGCAAUGGUACGGCCUGGAACGGUUUAGAAUCAGACGUGGGCAAUGGUACGGCCUGGAACGGUUUAGAAUCAGACCUGGGCAAUGGUACGGCCUGGAACGGUAUAGAAUCAGACCUGGGCCAAGGUACGGCCUGGAGCGGUUUAGAAUCAGACCUGGGCAAUGGUACGGCCUGGAACGGUUUAGAAUCAGACCUGGGCAAUGGUACGGCCUGGAACGGUUUAGAAUCAGACCUGGGCAAUGGUACGGCCUGGAACGGUUUAGAAUCAGACCUGGGCAAUGGUACGGCCUGGAACGGUUUAGAAUCAGACCUGGGCAAUGGUACGGCCUGGAGCGGUUUAGAAUCAGACCUGGGCAAUGGUACGGCCUGGAACGGUUUAGAAUCAGACCUGGGCAAUGGUACGGCCUGGAACGGUUUAGAAUCAGACCUGGGCAAUGGUACGGCCUGGAACGGUUUAGAAUCAGACCUGGGCAAUGGUACGGCCUGGAACGGUUUAGAAUCAGACCUGGGCAAUGAUCAGUGGGAAGCUGGACUGUCCCAACGAGGCUCUGGACUGAGGAACCAGACAGUCCCCACUGACCGAGGUUCUGGACUGAGGAACCAGACAGUCCCCACUGACCGAGGCUCUGGACUGAGGAACCAGACAGUCCCCACUGACCGAGGUUCUGGACUGAGGAACCAGACACCCGAGUCUCAGCCCGAGUCUCAGCCCGAGUCUCAGCCCGAGUCUCAGCCCGAGUCUCAGCCCGAGUCUCAGCCCGAGUCUCAGCCCGAGUCUCAGCCCGAGUCUCAGCCCGAGUCUCCGCCCGAGUCUCAGAGUCUCAGCCCGAGUCUCAGCCCGAGUCUCAGCCCGAGUCUCAGCCCGAGUCUCAGCCCGAGUCUCAGCCCGAGUCUCCGCCCGAGUCUCAGAGUCUCAGCCCGGGUCUCAGCCCGAGUCUCAGCCCGAGUCUCAGCCCGAGUCUCAGCCCGAGUUUCCGAUUUGAAUCAGACCCAUCCCCAUUUUGCUGAGUUUCUGAGAUCCCAUGAGCGUGACAUUGGUCCUGUAUGA